AUGGAAACCUGCGUGUUCCCGCAAACAGAAGAAUCGUUAACAGAAGAUGACAAGAGGAGAAACUACGGAGGAGUGUAUGUUGGCCUCCCAUCUGAAGCUGUCAGUAUGGUAUCCAGUCAAACAAAGACUGUUGGAAAAAGUGCCCCGACCGAGGAUCGAACCCGAAGCCCAGGUAUGUGCCCUGACCGGGAACUGGAGCGGCCACCUUUGGGUGCACAGGAUGGCGCUCAACAAACAGCCCCGCGGGCCGAGCUGAAGUCCUUUUGCUAACUGGCGUGACUGCACCUUGUAGAUAGCUUCUUGCGUAGAUUAGAAGAAAGUAUCAUGACUCAGUAAUCAAGAGCUUGCUCAUCAAGAUUUAGAGGCGUUGUAAUGUGCACAGGCAUUUCCAAGGAAAUUCUAAACAGUCAGCUGUCCCCCAACCUCCCCAAAGUUCUUAAGUCUGUGGUUAAGCCGUGGGUGCAUAUCGAAUGGUGUGGCACUACAAAGGAACUGGUUAAACAGUACGCCUGUAUCUGGAACUUUACGUGGUCCACCUACGAAAGACGAGCUCACAGACUGUUGUUGCCCAGCGAGCCUGCUCUGCGCAGCAGUGUUUUCACCCUGGCCAUUCAGCGGUUCCUGAAGAUGGUAUCUUUUCACUGAUACUCUUUUGAUAGUUUUUAUAUAACAAAAUCCUUAUUCUAUUUGUAACUGAAGAUAAUGAGGCACUAUAAAUGAAUUACCUGAAGUAAUAUAUUGUCUGUUAUCUUUCACUAUUUCUACUUUGUGUUAAUUGUUAGCUGUAGAAUUAUUAAAUUGAUUCUUACUGUUAUCUCUUUCCCUUUUUUUUAAAUAUUUGGUUUUCAGCUUUAUUUAAGUGUCAGAGAAUUUCCCUUAUUAGGAGCAAUGUAUGACAUCGCAGUAUUUGAAAAUAAAUUACUGAAACUGGCAUGCCAUGUA